AUGGAGGUAGAUCUCAGGGAGAAUGAGUCUUUUAAGAACAACCCAAAACCUCUUACUCUCACAGAUAUCCGUAGCUUCUUGGGAUUGGCUGGUUAUUAUCGCAGAUUCGUGAAGGGUUUUUCUUCCAUUGCUGCUCCACUCACAGCCUUGAUGAAGAAAAUAAUUAAGUAUGAAUGGGCAGAGACUUGUGAGAAGAGUUCCCAGGAUCUCGAAGACAGACUCACUUCAGCACCGGUGCUUACUUUUCCUAAGUAUGCUGUGGAGGCACUACUUGAAUCUAGUGCAUAUGGAUGUGUUCACAGACCACAAGAGUCUCUAGUAUGUGUUCACGCAGAGGGAGUUGAAUCUACGUCAGGGAAGAUGGUUGGAGAUGUUGAAGGACUAUGA